CGCGCUGCGGAGGCGGCGGCGGCGGAGCGGCCUGAAGCAGCCCGCGGGGAGAGCGGGCGGCGGCUGCGGGGGUUCGGCGUGUCGCGUCCCAGGGCGGCCGUAAUCGUGCGCCACGAUGCCUGCGGUGUCGAAGGGCGAUGGCAUGCGAGGCCUGGCGGUCUUCAUCUCCGAUAUCCGCAACUGCAAAAGUAAAGAGGCAGAGAUAAAGAGGAUAAAUAAAGAACUAGCAAACAUUCGGUCUAAAUUUAAAGGUGACAAAGCUCUAGAUGGUUACAGUAAGAAAAAGUAUGUCUGCAAACUGCUCUUCAUUUUUCUGCUGGGGCAUGACAUUGACUUUGGUCACAUGGAGGCUGUAAACCUGCUCAGUUCCAAUAGAUAUACAGAGAAACAAAUUGGCUAUCUGUUCAUCUCCGUGCUGGUGAACUCCAACAGCGAGCUCAUUCGCCUGAUAAACAAUGCCAUCAAGAACGACCUGGCCAGCCGGAACCCCACCUUCAUGGGCCUUGCUCUGCACUGCAUUGCCAAUGUGGGCAGCCGGGAGAUGGCCGAAGCAUUUGCUGGAGAAAUUCCCAAAAUUCUUGUGGCUGGAGACACUAUGGAUAGUGUGAAGCAAAGUGCUGCUUUGUGCUUGCUGCGUUUAUACAGAACUUCUCCUGACCUUGUUCCCAUGGGAGACUGGACAUCUCGAGUGGUGCAUCUCCUCAAUGACCAGCACUUGGGUGUGGUAACUGCAGCUACAAGUCUGAUCACCACUUUGGCACAGAAGAACCCAGAGGAGUUUAAGACUUCAGUCUCAUUGGCAGUGUCUAGAUUAAGCAGAAUUGUAACAUCUGCAUCAACAGACCUUCAGGACUACACAUACUACUUUGUUCCUGCUCCCUGGCUAUCUGUGAAACUUCUGAGGCUGUUACAGUGCUAUCCACCUCCAGAAGACCCUGCGGUACGCGGCCGUCUGACAGAAUGCCUGGAAACCAUCCUCAACAAAGCACAGGAGCCACCCAAGUCAAAGAAAGUGCAACACUCGAAUGCAAAGAAUGCUGUCCUGUUUGAGGCAAUAAGCUUAAUUAUACAUCAUGACAGUGAGCCAAACCUACUAGUCCGUGCCUGUAACCAGCUAGGUCAGUUCUUGCAGCACCGAGAAACUAAUUUGCGUUACCUAGCACUGGAAAGCAUGUGCACGCUUGCCAGCUCUGAAUUCUCACAUGAGGCUGUGAAAACACACAUAGAAACAGUUAUCAAUGCAUUGAAGACUGAGAGAGAUGUGAGUGUACGACAAAGAGCUGUAGAUCUCCUGUAUGCAAUGUGUGACCGAAGCAAUGCCCAGCAGAUUGUGGCUGAAAUGCUCAACUACCUGGAGACUGCUGAUUAUUCCAUUAGAGAAGAAAUUGUUCUGAAGGUUGCAAUUCUAGCUGAGAAGUAUGCAGUGGAUUACACCUGGUAUGUGGAUACAAUCCUGAAUCUGAUUCGCAUUGCUGGUGACUAUGUCAGUGAAGAAGUGUGGUACCGAGUUAUUCAGAUUGUCAUCAACAGGGAUGAUGUGCAAGGAUAUGCAGCAAAGACUGUUUUUGAGGCCCUUCAAGCUCCAGCAUGCCACGAGAAUCUUGUAAAAGUAGGUGGCUACAUCUUGGGAGAAUUUGGAAAUCUGAUAGCAGGUGAUCCAAGAUCAAGUCCCCUCAUCCAGUUCAACUUGCUACAUUCCAAGUUUCAUCUGUGUAGUGUUCCUACCCGAGCUCUGCUUCUGUCUACCUACAUCAAGUUUGUGAACCUGUUUCCAGAAAUCAAAACUACAAUUCAAGAUGUGCUGCGCAGUGACAGUCAGCUAAAGAAUGCUGAUGUUGAGCUGCAGCAGAGAGCUGUUGAGUAUUUGAGGCUCAGUACUAUUGCUAGUACUGAUAUAUUGGCUACAGUGUUGGAAGAAAUGCCUCCCUUCCCAGAGAGGGAAUCUUCCAUUUUGGCUAAACUGAAGAAGAAGAAAGGCCCAGGCACAGUUACUGACCUGGAAGAGAUCAAAAAGGAGAGGAGCUCUGAUAUGAAUGGAAGUGCUGAACCUGCCUCUGUCAAUGCCAGUGUUGUUUCUACUCCUUCUCCAUCGGCGGAUCUGCUGGGUCUGGGUGCUGCCCCUGUCACCAAUUCAGCUCCCCCACCUUCCUCUAGUGGUAGCCUGCUCGUGGAUGUAUUUUCAGACUCAGCUUCUGCAGUUGCACCUCUUGCUCCUGGUUCAGAUGACAACUUUGCGAGGUUUGUGUGUAAAAAUAAUGGAGUUUUAUUUGAAAAUCAGUUGCUACAAAUUGGCUUGAAAUCUGAAUUUCGACAGAACCUGGGUCGUAUGUUCAUAUUCUAUGGUAAUAAGACAUCAACACAGUUCUUGAAUUUUACUCCAACAGUAAUCUGCUCAGAUGACCUUCAGUCAAGCCUGAAUCUUCAGACAAAACCUGUUGACCCCACAGUGGAUGGAGGUGCACAGGUUCAGCAGGUUGUGAACAUCGAAUGUGUGUCAGACUUCAUGGAAGCUCCAAUCCUGAACAUUCAGUUCAGGUACGGCGGAACAUUUCAAAAUCUUUCAGUAAAAUUACCUAUCACUCUGAAUAAAUUUUUCCAGCCAACAGAGAUGUCUUCUCAAGACUUUUUUCAGCGUUGGAAGCAGCUGAGCAAUCCCAAACAGGAAGUACAGAAUAUCUUUAAAGCAAAGCACCCGAUGGAUGCAGAGAUCACAAAAGCAAAGAUAAUUGGAUUUGGAUCAGCCCUGCUUGAGGAGGUAGAUCCCAAUCCUGCUAACUUUGUUGGUGCUGGUAUCAUACACACAAAAACCACUCAGAUUGGAUGCUUGCUGCGCCUUGAACCCAACCUCCAGGCACAGAUGUAUAGGCUCACACUACGAACAAGUAAAGAAGCUGUAUCUCAGAGAUUAUGUGAAUUGCUGUCAGAACAGUUUUAAUAUUAACCAUGUCAGUUUUGGUUUUUCCACUUAUAUCACUGUCAUCAUACUGCAAAUAAAUGUCUUGUACAUCACUGUCUGAGUACUGCAAUGUUAACCAAUACCAGCUCCCUGCCUUAAUAGGACUUGACCCUUGUUUGAAAUUAAGACUAUAAAAUGUACAGUACAGGGAAGUGACUUUUUCCAUUAAAAAUGGCUUUUAGUGUGUUACAUAAAGGGUGGGAGGGCUGUCUUUUGCUCCUUUUUUUGCAGAGGUCAGGCUUUUAAACUUGUUGAAGGAAAAUGGUUUUCAUUGUGGCAAUCAAGGAUUUCAGCUGAAAAUAGCUGAAAAACCUUCUGCUUCAGUACCUUUAAGAGAUACUUCCUUUACUCUGAGCUGAAAGAAUACAAUGUACUGCUGCUCAGGAAGGUUAAUUCCCAUGCUAAUGUAGAGUCAAAACUUUGUGAAGUUGAACAUUGCCACAAGUUGUCUACUGGAUGGAAGGGCAGAUUUGAAGAUGUGUUUGAAUCUGAUUAAAGUGAACUUUUAUGUUGAGUCGCCAG